GGUCUAUAUAUCGUUAUGAUUCAUAUUUUUCCGUUUUUUCUUCCUUUGCCCCGAUAAUCAUGCAAUUGUGAAACUAAGCAUUUUGCAUACUACUAAAUGACGAUAAGGAAAAUUUAUCUGUUAAUUUCAUUUGCAUGAACGAGUCAUAGUCGCGACGAGCAUAUAUACAGUUUAAUAGACGGUCUCCCUACUAUGAUAUAAAAUAGCGAGGCUUGACAAUGCAAUGACAGUUGAUGCUGAAUGCGAUACACGAGCGCACGUUAAAUAAGCAAAGAAGUGUACGUGUGUGCUUUCAUAUCGAAAAUAGUCGAGAUCGUUGAGCAGCUGUACCGUGUAACGAUAAGCCUGACCUCUGACCUAUACAAUAUUCAAGGUGUGAAUCCAGUUUACGCAAGGAAAGUCUCAAGAAAAUUCCAGUUUCUUCAAGACGUUUCGACAAAUACAUAAUGACGAAAACACCAAUAUCGAAUAAUACGCUGCCGAUUCAAGAUCUGGAGGUAUUGCUAAGACAAGCUUAUGGCCCCAACUUUCAAAUAAAAAACAUAAAGUGGAAUCCACUAACCGAUCCGGGAGAAAACUUUGGCAGCGUGAUAUUAGGCCUUGAUAUCGAUGCUGAGCAGAACGAUAAAAAAAGAAACUUGAACGUGGUUGUCAAGCUGCCGCCAAAAUCAGCGUAUUUAUUGGAUUUGUUCGACAGUCCGUUAACCUUUAAGAAGGAAUUAGCUUUUUACAGUGCUGUGGCACCGGAGUUUCUGAAAUUACAGAAUGAAAGCGGGAUAUCUCGGGAAGAACUGAGCCUCAUUACGCCCCGAUUUGUGGCUGGAAGAUUAGGUCUGCGAGAUCCGCAGUGUUUCGAUGAGCAGGCCGCCAUUGUUUUGGAAAAUCUGAAAUAUCACAACUACACUACGCAAGACCGCAUUACCGGGCUAGAUAAGGUGCACAUGGACUUCGCUAUCGGUCAUCUAGCCAAACUGCACGCUAUUACAAUCUGCAUAAAGUUGAAAAAGCCCGAGUUCUUCCAGAAAACUGUACUACCCAUUUUAGACUGUUCUUUGAAUGAGAGUACAAAGAACGGCGUGAUAGAUAUGGUGACGAAAGCACUCGAAGAUUAUAAGAGUAUACAAGAAGCGGAAUCCUAUCUGGAUACGAUCGAGAAGACAAUCGAAUAUGGAUUCCGCAAUACUAUAACGCCGGAAGAACCUUGGACGACGAUGAUACACAACGACUUCUGGGUGAACAACAUGCUGUUCAAAUAUGAUGAGUCAGGUAAACUAAUCAAUAUGAAAAUAGUGGAUUUCCAGUUAAUGGUAUAUGACUACGGCGUGAACGAUCUUAUAUUCUUCCUUAUGUCGAGUGCCCAGAAAGACGUAAUCGAUAAUUACCUUGACGAUAUGGUCGAUUUAUAUUACGACUCCUUCGUCGACUGUCUAAAAUCAUUCAAUGUGGACACGGGACUAUUUCCUAAAAGUAAGUUUAUGGAGCAACUAAAUCAGUGCGCGCCCGUCAAAUUCAACCAGUGCAUCAUGAUGGUGCAGGUGAUACAGGCGGCACGUGGUUCAGUUACAGAAACGUCCACGAUAGAUGGGGAUAAGGACAUUUUCGCGGGUGGUGUCAAUGACGAGAAUUAUAAGCAGAAACUGCUGCACAUAUUGUUCACGUUCGAUCGAAAAGGGUGGCUUUUGAAUUGAUGACACCGAAAGAUCAUUUAUUAUUAAAUUAGUUCUGCUAUAAAGAUUGCCUGAUACACAAAUAUCAUAAACGUUAAAUAAUACCAAAAAAUUAGCAGGCAGCUCUGUAUAGGCGCUCAUCUUUGCAAGAUUAGACACGUAGAGAAUUUUUUUUGAAGAUAUAAACAUUCAUUAACCGUAAAAACCAGAAUAGUCUUUCCUGAUUAGAAUAUAGUUAUAGUGUAGAAAAAAAUGUUAAAAAAGCAUGAGAAAUUUAGAGAGCAAAGAAUAAAACGCACAAUUAAUUUUUCCAAGAAGUACUGAAUUUUUCCAAUAGCUUUGAGACGCGUGUAAAAAAAAUCUCCAUACUGAAUAUCUUUCAUACAUAUCAUGCAUUGCUUUAACGCUAAAUCGAGAAAAGUUUCAGUUCGUGUAAAAAGCUGAAAGGAAACCAGAUGAAAAAUUCACUGACGAUAAAUAAUAUCUGUGCAUGGUGACUAAAAAUAUUCGUCUAAAUAUUCAGUUGCGUUGAAACUCGGUUGAGAUAACUAAGAAUAAUUAGUUGAGUAGAAAUCUCCUACGGGAAUCUUUCCCAGUUAAUUUUUCGUUUAAUUCCCAGGUAAUAGAAAAUUCAACUAUACUAACUUAUUUUUUCGUACAUAAUAGUUACACAAUAGUUACUAUUCAAGAUAAAAUUUUUUUCCAUACUAACAUUAGAAAUAACGAGCAACUCAAGCUCCAACAUUAGAAAUAUACAUAUCAGUAUGGGACAUUUUUUUUACUUUUAUGAUAUUUUCUUUGUCCAAUAAAUAUGUAUACUAUCAGGUUACAAAAUAUACCGAGUCGAAUUAUUCGUUUAUUGCUUUGCUAUUGUUUAUUCAUAUAUAAAUAAUGGCUUCAAUAUGAAUAUAUUCCAGUCUACAAUAAAAAUCUUGUAAAUUAUAUUAUUAAUAUGCUAUAUUACUCAACAAAAAUUGUAUGUAUAUGCAUGACAAUAUCUCAAGACAAUAUUAGAUAAGAAUUGAAUAAGAAGUUAACAAAUAAGUAAACGAAUAAGAUUGCUAAGUCAAUAGUUCCUAAGAUCAGAUUUAUGUAGCGAUAGAAAUAUAUUGAUACAUAAAGAAUGCAAUUCUUUCUUUACAUAGCACUUUAAAUGUGGCCAACGAUUAUCACAUUUUUAAGGUACUUUGUUGUAAAUAAACAAUUUUUCUUGUACAUAAUAAAUAUUUAAGUACGUGAUAUAUAGAUUUAGCAACAAAAAAGUUACACUACUUUUCAAUUUGAUAAGUUUUAGUGACGAGUAAAAAUCAUUUGACCAUUCUAGUAAUUUUUGUCCAUUCUGAAGCACAUCGAUAAAAAAUAUACUGCAAUAUACUUUUUGUUACCAACUAUAUACAACUGUAAUACAGCCUCUAUUUAAUUCUCUAAAGCGAGUAUAUAUCGUCAACUUUUAUACUUUAAAGUAUUUGCAUUGAGCAUUCUCCUCUUUAAAUCAAUAGUAAAGAUAAUUUUAUGUGUUUAUCUGAAAAACUAAUUACAUAGAUGCUCAUAUGAUAUGUUCGUCUGCAGAAUCAAGUAUACAAAUGCUCAUGUAAAUGUUAAUUGCUCAUUUGUGCUCAUGUAAAUUUAUAAAGGAGCCCUUUAUAAUUUACUAAACUUAUGAAUAAAUGCUUGUUAGUAGUA